AUGCACUUUAGUGGACCGUUGGCCGUGCUUACCGCUCUGCUGACGCUGGUGGCACUUCCUGUCCAGAUUGAGGCGGAUUCCACGGAGCUUUACGGGGACAUAGAGAACACGGAGUACGGCGACUUUGAGUCACUAAGUCAGACGCGCGAGCGCGAGCAACAUCUCUGCCAUCGCGAGGUGCCAUCUGUGUUUUUCCAAACCGAGCGGGAUUCCCCGGUGCGUGGCAAUGGAUCCACGAUCUACUUCCACCGCAUAGAGGUGUGUUGUAAGGGCUACCGUCGAGAUCCGUAUGCCCAUGAGUGUGUGCCGGACUGCUCCGAGUCAUCGCCGGACAACUGCCGCAAUGGUUUCUGUCGCGGUCCGGGCGUUUGCGAGUGCUUCGCAGAGUUUGUGCGUAACGAACAUGGUGCCUGCAUCCACACCUGUCCCAUUGCCUGUCAGCACGGCAGGUGUUAUCUAAAUGGCACCUGUGCCUGCCACCAGGACUUCGUCCUGGAUGAGGAGACCCGUCAGUUCUGCCGCCCGAAGUGCUCGCAGGCAUGUGGCACCCAUGAGGAGUGUGUGGCGCCUGGACAGUGCGACUGCUCCCCCGGCUACCGGAGAACGUCGGACUUGGGUUGCCAGCCUGUUUGUGCUCCGGACUGCGGAUUUGGCAAGUGCGUGGCGCCCAACCAGUGCGAGUGCUUCGCCGGGUUCAUUAAACGGCCCAACCGCAAUGUCUGCGAGGCUGAGUGCUACCUGAACUGCGAGAAUGGCUUCUGUGAGUCGCGCUACAAGUGCCACUGCCGAGAAGGAUAUCGCUACAACGUGAACACCACCAGCUGUUUGCCGGAGUGCAGCGACGACUGUGGCCAAGGAAAUGGGGUGUGCAUUGCACCCGGAGUGUGUCGCUGCUUCCAAGGAUACGAGGUCCACGGUGCCGACUGUCGGCCCAAGUGUGAGAGAUCCUGUGGCAAAUACGGUCGGUGUGUGGCUCCCGAAAUCUGCGGCUGUGGCCAGGGCCAACAGCAUUGCCGGAACGGAAGCUGCGACGAUGUGGAGCACUGCAGUUGCCCACCGGGGGAAACCCACUUCAUCGAUCGAUGUUUGAAGUCAGACCGCCUCAGCCAGCAACUGAACACCGGCGAAAAGAGAAAGCACUUCAAUCGCCAGCUUGCUUACGAGUUUAAUGCCCUGAUCGGGCGUCUAUUUAACUUCUGA